GCUCGACCGAUCGUCCGCCACGUGUCCUAUCUACGACUUCUCCCUUCCUCUCCAUCUCCAGCUGUGUCUGCUUCCUCCUUUGCUACAGAGGAGGACGCCGACUCUUUAUCGCUUUCAUCCCCUCUUGCAUCUCUCGCCCCUUCUCGUACCCCAUCCCCAUCGCCAUCGCAAUGAGUUUUCUCACUGAGCGGGCUCUCGGCGAUCACAUGUUGGCGCCACGUGACGACAUUUCGACAAUUCGGCAAGUUCAUCACCCGCGAUUCAGUCCGGAUCUUCUACGGCUCGCGCAAUUCUUCAGCACUACCGGGGUGUACGCGGCGGCGGAGUUCCGGUUCACGGGCCAUCGUCAAGCGAUCGUAUUGGCAGAGGCGACAGCAGUUCGACGGUUGUCAGCACCGGGAGUGAGCCACGGGUCUACCGUCGUCAUCUUUAGCGGUGAUAUUAGCGCGAUCAUCCCUCUGCGACACACGACCAUCUGGACGUCGCUAAGGGAGCGGGGCCAGCAACUGACAACGGAGUGGAAUCAGUGGCUUACGCGCCGUGGCGACAAUCUUGUCCCCACGGACGACAUCGACGUCGGAGGGCUCCGAACGUCUCGGCACGAGCCGACGGUGGUGCUUCCGGAGCUCCUGACGUGGACGAGGGACAUAGAGCACUGCGCCUGGACCGAAUACGCAGAGCUGUUGAUCAUCCAAGCUUGGAGGACGGAGGUGGAAGGAGACCUUCUCGGAUUUUUAUCCGGAUCGGUGCGGCCCGACCAUCGACAGCUGAUCGUACAGGAGCUCGCGAUUCCCCUCGCGCAGUUGGUCGACGAUCUCCCUCUCGAUAUUGUUUCGCAUUGCAACGAGAGCCCGGUCCCGCACGUCUUUUCACGAACUCUGACGCCCUACCUACAGUGGUCGGCUUGUCUCGAGGAACAGGGAGGUAACAACAACCCGCCAUCGCAACGAGAAUACGUGAACCCGCGGAGGAUAAUCGACCUCGACUUCUUUCAGCCUCGAACGGCCUCCGAAGACGAAGGGCUAACGCUAGAGGAAGAAGAAGAAGAGGAUCAGUUAGAGGAAGGCGACAAGGGGGGAGAAGAGGAAACCUCGGAAGAAGCAGGGAGUUACAGUGAAUACAGCGAGGAAGAGUCGGGUGAAGAAGAAAAAGAAGAAGAAGAAGAGGAUCAGUUGGAGGAAGAGGAGAAAUCUGAGUGGGAGACUUUGGGUGAAGAGGCGGAUCGCGCAGAGCCUCAAGAGGAGGAUCCCGAGGCGGCAUGAAGGAGAGAGGAGAUCGCAGUCGGGAAGCAGCUGCUGGAGCUCGCAAGUGGAGUGGAUCUGCCGAUCCCGAACGACCCAGCCAAGGGUCCAGAUCCGCCCAAGAACGACGAUGGGGACCUUGCUGCCGAGACUUCGAGCGCACCGGCCCGACGGCGACAAAGCCGAUCCCCCUCCCCCUCCACCUCCACCCAUCCACGAGUUCGAGCUCGUAUCGAUGUGGGGCAUCG